GGCACGCCGACCCCGGGGCUGGGGGGCUGCCAAAGAGAGGAGAAGAGAAAGAAAAAACUACAGCAGAGAAUCAGACAAGGAGUGAAGAGAGAGAGAAAGAGAUUGGAGAGGGAGAGAGAGAGAGAGAAAGAGACAAAGGAAGUGAGUGCGAGAGAGGAGACGGCUUAGCAUCCGAACUGUCCUGGUUCCUUCUCCCAGCCCCCACCUCGUCACAGUGAACAGAAAACUCGGCACGUUCUCAUCUUCCCCAAAGGAUCCCUGGGAGGGCAGGCCCAGGGGCAGAGGAAGGGCAGAGAAGUAAGCUGGAGGCAUCUGCGGAUGGCUGAGGCCAAGGAGACCUCAAUCUUCUCUGGUGAGCAGCCCCCAGCCUGGCCCAGGGCAUGCCCCAGUUCACUUUCGCUUGCUUCUGUGGCCUCCACGGUUUCUGCAAGAUGAAGAGGAAGAAGGAGGAAGUUCACAGAGAGCGGGAAACGGCGGUGUGAGCGGAACCAGGGCCCCUUCUUCAGCCCCCAGCAGGUCCUAGGCCCGAGGCACCUGCUUCUGUCUGAGGCUUGGAGCAGGAAGUUUCCUUCUGGCCAGGGCUCUUCCCAGGCGACCCGACCACCUGACCCUGUCUAACCUGCGAGCAUCAGCCUCCUGUGUGCCCUGGCCUCCUCCUGCCCCUGGGUUUCCAAUGCUGAGACCUUCCCGGAGAGAGGCCCCAGUCACACCAGGGGAAGCCCAGGA